AUGGCUGAUAAUGACAAACCUUCUGAGCCGGCUUCAGAGAUAGAGGCUUCUUUACCUCCAAAUACGCCUGAAAAUCCACAACCUACAUUGUUUCGUGUUGAAAAGAGUGACUUAUAUGAACACACUCAACACAUUAGAACGUUUCCCAAAAACUCUGAUGUUAAAGCCCCAGUGGUUGGUGAAUUUCAAAACCUUGAUAAGUUAAAUGACACUCGUGAUGAAUACGAAUGUACAAAAACAGAUCCUAAAGGUGAAAAGAAGAUUGAUGAAAAUGGGUUUUUGCUGGGUGGACGUAAAUAUAUCAUUACAACAUUCACUUUACCAGGCCGUGGGAAAAAAUUAUAUGUUUUGGGUACAGAGGCUGCUAAGUUUUUGAAUCAUAGAGAUGCUUUUGUCUUAUUCAACAGAUUCAAACAAUUAUAUAAAAUAAAGGCUAAUGACGAAGAAAGAAAGUUCUUGGAAGAUUGUAAUUUUACCAUUUCCAAAAUCAAGUCAAGAUCAGUUGCAGUAACUACUGCUAAGAAUUUGUUUAUGUUAUUUGGUGCUAGAAUUGUCAAGAGUGGUAAAAGAGUGGAGGAUGAUUAUUGGGAAGAUGCCGCAAUAGAGCAAGGGUUUAAACCUACAGAUCAAGUUUUCCCCUUAGAGAAAGGUAAAUCAGAAGUGGUGAAACCAAAAGUUGCGGCUCCAAAACCUGUUCCAAAAGUACCAAAAGUUAACCUUGUUACUCCAAUGCCCCCAUUAGAGGACAGAAGAGAUUAUUUGCUGGCGUCAAGUAGUGGAAAUCCUGCCCAAGCUAUCCCAGGCCAAGGUAUUACUGGUGGUAUAGAGUUAGCUACUGUUGCUACAAUACCCAAGUAUAAACAAGAUAGCACAAAUACAGUGAAGCACAGAAGCAUACUGAGUACUUUGAGCUCGAAUAAUUCAAGCACGUCAUUAGCAUCACAAGCUGCUGCUAACCAAAUUCCAAUAAAUGAUGCUUUUGCUGGUGAGAAAUCUACUGGUGGGUUGCCUUAUUAUAACUCGAACGUUUUACAAAGAAUAAUGGAUGAAGAUUCUGAGAAAAUUAGGGAAAUUGAAUAUUUACAUGGUACUGUGGAAACUAAUAAUUAUAUUUCUUUAUCAAGAAAACCUAGAGUAAAACAAUGGCAAUAUUACUGGCAAGUUAAAAGUGGAGCACCAAUAGGGUUAUUAGAAAGUCAAAAAGAUGAAUAUUUCAAAGAACAAGAGGAAUCUCUAAACAAAGUCCAGGAAGAAACAAUUUAUAAUGAGUUUCUGUAUUGUGACCAAGUUAUCAAAAAGAGAAGAAAACCAAAUCCAAAUUAUUUAAACCAUGGAAACAUAAAUGGAUUGAAACCUCCAUAUAUUGAAAAAGAACCUACACCAGCCCUUGAACAAGCAAUGCCACAACAUAUUGCUCAACCAUAUGGAAGUGUUCCCCAAGUUGCUGCUCAAAUGGGUUCAACUACACAACAAGAAUACUAUCAACGAGCACGUCCAAAUGAUCCAUAUGCACAGUACACAGCAACAGAGAGAGGUAUACCUCAAGCAGCUACAGCGCAACAGAUUUAUGAAGCACAAAGAUCUGGAAUACAAUUUCAACGUUAA